GGCAAAGCAUAUUCCAGAGCUACUGCACCUAUGACUUGUUUGGCACUGAUGGUCAACUUGUGUACAAAGCCAUGGAGCAGCGGGAGUGCUGUGGUCCUCGGAUGGAUUUAAAGGUGCAAAACACCCAAGGAUAUGAUGUCCUCGACCUUCUUGUGCCUUCAGACUGCUGUAGCUGUGACACCAAGUUGCAGGUCUCCACGUCCUCCGGGCAGCUCCUCGGCUUCAUAUACAAAGAAUGGACGAGUUUUUCCUUCAACUUUGACAUCUUAGAUCCAUUGGGACUCGUGUGUCUCAAAGUGAAAGGUCCGGGAUGGGGGGAAGGCUUCAUGUCUGACCUCCAGUUUAAGGUCAGUCUAAGAACACAGAUGAUUCUGUCUGCUGACAAAGCAACGCAAGUCGGGCUCAUCACACGUGUGUGGCGGGGAUUCUGCAAGGAGAUGUUCAGCACAAAAGAAAACUAUGCUGUGAAUUUCCCGAUGGACCUCCAUGUCUCCAUGAAAGCCAUGGUGAUGGCCUGCACCCUGUUCAUUGGACUUUAA